GCGUCCUUUGGCGCGUGCAUGUUGGGAGCGACGGGCUGAUUUCAUAACGCGGCCAGAACCAGAGGGAUGGGGCAGUAACAGCCGGACUCAUCCCAUAUUUCAGGCUGCAGAGCGCGCGUCCCGGGCCAUGUCCUCACGCUGCUGCUGAUGCUGCGGUCCACACGCCUUUUAUUUGUGUCUGGAGCAUCUUAGCCGUGACGUCAAGCCCAGCGGGAGCCAGGCGCAGCGCGGAGCGGAGCAUGGACUUCAAACAUCUGGUGGAGGCGGCGGAGAAGUGGUGCACGGGGAACCCAUUCGACCUCAUCUUCGCCGAGGAGGACGACGAGAGGCGGCUGGACUUCUACGCCGAGCCCGGAGUGUCGUUCUACGUGCUGUGUCCGGGAGGAACCGACACAUUCCAUGUGUGGAGCGAGAGCGAGGACUGUCUUCCCUUCCUGCAGAUGGCGCAGGACUACAUCUCGUCCUGUGGGAAGAAGACUCUGCCUGAGGUGCUGGAGAAAGUCUUCAUGUCAUUUAGGCCUCUCUUAGGUCUCCCCGACAUCGACGACGACAGUUUCGAGCACUACCACGCCGACAUGGAGGGCGAACCGGGCCCCGACCACCAGCAGAUGGGAGUCAGUCAGCAGUGAGGCGGCUCCGGCUUAGACCUUAGGGGGCGCUCUCUGCCUCCUCGUCGUCAUCAUCAUCGGCCCCAUUCGGCGAUCUUUACACAGACACACACACUUAAAUAUAUCUCCCUUGAAUGUUCCGUGCUGCUUCGCUUCCUACGAUGGGCGCACUUUUAUUGCUCUGUGUCGACCCCUUUUUAGACAAACACACACACACACAAACGUGGGCGGGGCGGGGCGGGGUACGUGAGCGGCGGCCGUGUGCAACGCAACACCCCCCGUCGUAAUCAUUCACCAUCUGGGUAGUUAAAACGUAAACGUAAAGCGGGUUUCGUCGGGCGGAACGGCGGUGGAGACGGUUCCUGUGUGGAUUUUUUGAGAUGAGAUCGUUGUGGGAGGAGCCUCGUUGUGGGAGGAGCCUCGUUUCUGCGGGUUUUGUUGAUUCAGAGGCCGCGCCGAGGGGAAUCUGGGUUAAAAGGUGACGGUUGGAGGCUUCGACUGCAGUAACACCCAUGUGAGAUAACGCUAUUUUUCCAUUUAGAAACAGAGGAACAGGGUUGUUGUUUUUUUUUUGUUGUUGUUGUGACGUAAUCCCAGGUGGUGGUUGGCGACACGUCUGCUCCACUUUAAACACAUUUGCUCCUUUCGUGUGCGGCUCGACGGUAGAAGGGGUCGUUCCUCGUGUAUAAAGAGUCUCAAACGCAUUUAAAUUAUCUCGAUCUGAGGAUGUUUCGGGCCCCACGCAGCUGAAGUGCUUCCCGGUCCGGGGGUCUCUGUCCCGUGACACCGCAGCCCCAUCGUCCCGUAGUCUUCCUGGUUGGUGGUUCACACUUUGCCCUAUUUUUAUUUUUUUUUUUCUUUAAAGCUCUGUGUGGGGGGAGUUCAUGAAAUUGGCCCAUCUAAAUUCCAAAAUAGUGUCGUUUUAGCGCUGUCCCAAAGUGAAAAUAGUAAAAGGCAGUUUGUUGAAGCUGUGAGUCCCGAGGAGCGUCAGGGGCCCCUCUCUAUUGUCACAUUGUAAAUCACUUCUGCAUUGCAAAGCUUGGAUUCCUUUUUAAACACUCAGCCCUAAACGUUCAGACUGUUUUUAGCAGUUUUGUUUGGCCUGUUUCCCGCUUGUAAAUGUUUUGUCUUUAUUUAUUUAUGAAGUGUUUCUCUGCAGUGACUCUUCUGUUUGUCAUUAUAGACGUGUGUGUGUGAGAUUGUUCAAUAAACGUGUCAAAGAAUGU